UGCGUGCCAAAAUAAAGAACUGCACAAGGGGAAGGUAUAGCUCACUGUGGGAUGGUAUACAGUUACAUUUGAUAAUCCGUUGAUGAAUAACCGUUGGACUGUGUGUACUUCGGCUAUAUUUGUCCAAUAGAUUUUGUAAAAAUUCCUUCAUCGGCUAAUCCAACAGCCUGCUGUCUCCCCUCUCGCUUCAUUUUUUACGUGUUGGCGCACGUACAGACAUAAUCUGAAUAAGGGGGAAAAUUCCUGUCUUUUAUCAAAGCAUACGGAUAUUACACAGUUCCAUCCAUGGACCUUGUGCACACUGCAUGCUUACGAAUAUUAGUUAGUGAACGACGUUUAGUCUAAUAACCUUUAGAAAGCAGUUUCCAUCGGACAGAUUGACCGCCUAACUCUUUACUUUCCAGUUUUAAUGAGUGGGAUGGACAUUGGAGAGCCGGAGAAGAAUGGCCUAAAAUGUCAGAAAGAUUGAAUCUCCGUGCAAGCUCCGGAAGAGAUCAAAGACUGGUCAGAGCCAGGAAGUUGUCAUAACGACUCGCAUGACCAAACCAGCGAGAGGAGAAGUGUCGCUGGAUAAUUUCACCCAGUCAUCAAAUACCAAAAGGAGUCUCACGCCAGUACUUGACACAUCGGGACAGUACACGAGUUGGCUGUGUGGUUUUUGAUCAUUGUAGGUUUAAAAGCCACAGGAUUGUGAGGUCAUGGAGUUGCUCGACUCCAGUGAAGGGAUUUAUUUACCUGUUGUGAAAGCUGGUGCGAUAAAGACAGAGAGAGAAGAACUGGACUGCUCUCCAUUGGAGUGCCCGACUCAGGAAAACCUACAGGAAACCAACGAAUGGUUCGAAAGUGCAGAAGAGACUCCUGGAACCAGCCUGAGUUACAACAUCGUAAAGAUUGAGACAGAAGAACUGGGCCGUAUUAAGCGUGAGCAACACGCUGACACCCUAAUUAAGACAGAAGCUGGUGAGCAAAGCUGUGCGGAACCAGAUCAAGUUGUUGUCUGUGAGCCUGGUGAACAUGCUGCUGGUACGGUGCAGAGUGAAUCCCAUCUGUGGUUUCCCCAGGCUGCUACACAUCCGCAGAUGUACCCCACUGGGGUCCCAUAUUUCUGCACUGUGUGUAGUAAGACCUUCCGCCAUUUACAGAGCUUAAAAGAGCAUCAGAUAGUGCACACGACAGAGAAACAGCACAUCUGCACGGACUGCGGGAAGAAUUUCAAGAGAUCAAAAAGCCUGGUCAUUCAUAAGCGCAUUCACACAGGAGAGAGACCGUACAGUUGCACCGACUGUGGAAAGAGUUUUGGGCGGUUGGGAACCCUAAAGACUCACCAGAGAAUUCACACGGGAGAAAAGCCGUACUCCUGUGCAGAUUGUGGUAAAUGCUUCAAUCAACUAGAGCACUUAAAAUCACAUUAUCAAAUUCACACGGGAAGGAAGCCGUACUCUUGUACACAAUGUGGAAUGAAUUUUGGUCAUUUAGGAACCUUAAGGAAUCAUUUUCGCACGCACACAGGAGAGAAACCGUACUCUUGUGCAGAAUGCGGAAAGAGUUUUUCACAAUUGGGAACCUUGAAGACUCAUCAGCGUAUUCAUACAGGGGAGAAACCGCACUCUUGCUCAGAAUGUGGGAGGCGUUUUAAUCAGUUAGAACACUUGAGGACACACCAGAGAACGCACACAGGAGAGAAACCAUAUCCUUGCAAAGAGUGUGGCAAAUGCUUUAACCAGUUAGAGCACUUACGAACACACUUGCGAAUUCACACAGGAGAGAGACCAUACUCAUGCACAGUAUGUGGAAAGAGUUUUGGUGCCUUCGGAACUUUUAGAGACCACCAGAAAAUCCACACUGGAGAGAAACCGUAUGUUUGCACGCAGUGUGGGAAGAGUUUCAAACAGAUGGAAAGCUUAAUGCGGCAUCAGAGAAUUCACACCGGGGAGAAACCGUACACUUGUACCGACUGUGGAAAGAGGUUCAGUCAGUCGUGGAACCUGAAAAUUCAUCAGCGAAAUCACAAGAAGGAAUCCCCUGAACCCAAGAGUGCAGACAGUGUUCAGUAACUGAGUGAAUUGAUACAGUCCUCCCACUGUGAGGUCUGUCCCUUUAAGCAGAAAUGUACGUGUUACUCAUUGUUAUUGCUUAAUCAACAUUUUCUGGUACUGCAGGAGACUCAUACGUGUACGCAAAUUCAGUUGGUGUCAUUAUUUUAUCGUUUAUUUUUAAAUUAUUCUAGUAUGUGGGGCUGCUGGGUGGCUCACUCAAUAAAAGUGCUGUUUGUGGCGAAAGAGCGAGCACCACGGACUUGGAUUGUAUCUGACUCGUUCCAGAACUUUUUUAACAGUUUCUUUAAAAAAAAAAAAAAAAAGUGUUCCAGUAUUGCAAUACAAAAGGAAGUGAUGUCAUAGGGACAUCCCCAACUGCUCACCCAUUGGCUCACUCACAGUUAGAGCCCAGACAGGGCUCUAAUUAAGCAAAGCCCUGUGUCUCCAGUGUGCUUAUCUUCAGGAAGAAGAACAGCCUGUCACAGUUUUACCUCAGGGGCUUCGAUCUCUGGACCUGAAGGUGACCUGGUUUCCAUGAAUUUUUGUGAUCUUUAGUUAGACAGUUGGGUCAAAGACUUUUGUAUGGUUGGGAACAAAAUUGACCCUUGCUUUAAAAAAUUAUGACAUAGAGGUGCUCAUGAAACCAUACUGGUGUUCUGUGACAGAUGUGGUUUCUCCAGUCUUACCAGACACUAGAUACCCAUGAGGAACCAUUUACUAAUGGAGCUGCUGUUUUUACCAAAAAAAACGAACACUUUUUUCAAAAUCAACUACAGUCAUGAAAUGGACGCUGCCACCACGAGAAACAAGAAAUGGCGAAUGACCCGGUCUGUGACCAGGCUUAUGCUGUCUGUUCAAAUCUGUGUGUUAUUCGAGUGAGUCUACAGGUGUGUGUACCAUGUGACCACACCCUCACAGCUGUUGAUCCAAAGGCCUGAUGGAAUUUAAAUUAAGUGAGCAGGCUUAUCAUGCGGUUGAAAUUUGGCAGAAUGGCCGCACAGUGUAACAUCUAGUCUAUUUUCCAGUUAUGAAUUGUGGGAAUGUACAUUAAGAUGAUGGAGAAGAAUGGCCUAAAGCAUUAGCCCCCAUAUAACGUUUUUUCUGCCGUUAUCUACCCAGAUAAUGCAGACAGCGAGGAAAAAGAUGUAUUUGUGUUGUUCUCAAGAUUACUAUAACGUAAACACGAUGUGUAAAUAUUAAAAUAUGCCCAAACCAUAUUACUCUCAAGCGUGUUUUCCUCCGUGUAAUGUGUUUUAACGUUGUAUUCCAGAGAUGGCAAAUGCCGGCUACGAGCAUUCAGAACACACUGUGUGAGUGUCCGUGGUGAAUAGAACAGGACAACAGGACUCCUGCAGGCAUUUAGGACCAGUCCACUGUCCACAUCAUCACUCUGAUUGAAUGUCUUUCUUAUGUCAGGGAAAGAUAAUCAAAGCUUUUUACCCAGGCAUUGGGAACAGUGAAGCUUCUUUGUGAGGGUUUUAACGAUAUUUAAUGUUGCUGUCUGGUGCAAAUCUGACAGCUAUGAAAACAUGGCCUUAGCCUAUUCCACUUGUCUAGUCAGUCUCUGUGACAGCUUUGGGAUUUUUACCUCUGUAACUUUCCACAACUUGUACAAGACUAACAAUCUUUUCCAGGUACAUGCAAUCUACAAUAGAGGUGUAGCUUAAAAUUAUAAAUAGAAUCCUGUAAAUAGAAUUUGCCCUUGUACAAACAGGAGAGUAUAUUCAUUAAAUUCUGUUAGAAAUUUUUUUUUUUUUUUCAUUUUUUAAACUGUGAUAAUCAAUUGGCAAUAUAUUUUCCAUAUGGAAUUGUUCUUCUUUUUUUGUUGUGUGGGUCACUUUAUAAAGAUUCUUACAAACAUGAGAGUAAAAUGAAACACCAGUGUUGGUGUUGUUUUUGUGUCCUUUACAGGGUUUAAUUUUUACUUUGUUGAAAUUUCCCAACUACAUAGACUCAGCUGCCAUGCAUGCGAUGCAGUGCCUAGAUUAUGUGUAUUCAAAUAUAUAUGUAACUUAACAUGCAGCACAGGAAAUUAGACCUUAUCACUUAGAGAUUGUGAGGGACCCUGUAAAUAAAGGCUUAAUUGUCAGAUUGGUCUCUGUUUCAGAGGUUAAGUUGUACUGCUGAAGUGAAAAUGGCUGUUUUUAGUGCAAAGCAAAUGGUGAACUUGUCCUGUUUCCUCCUUUUAAAAGGGAAAUAAGUGUUCUUUGUUUCAGUCCUAAAUUCCACUCAAAAAUGCACUCCUGAGCGACAAGGUUCUUUAUCACUGUGAAUGUGUGUGAACGUCCUUGUUUUAUCCCAGUGUAAAAUGAUCAUUUAUGAUUGCCUGGUUUCACUUAUUGGUAGAAUUAUCAGGUAUCUUUCAUUUAUUUUUGUUUUCAGAGUGCUGGUACUGUUUUGCGUUCUCCUGCUUUUCCUGUAAAGUCUGUAUAUUUGCUUCUUUUUUUACCAUGUGCUGUUUCCCCUGUGUGAGUACACUAUAUCCACUUUUUCUUGUUAAUAGUGACAAAAAAGUUUUUAAUUGGUUGGCACUGUGAAUGUGCCACAGACCUGUUAACUGAAUAAAAUGUGGGUCUGUUGCAAAGUGUUUGGAUAACUUAUCUGCAUUGACUGAAGUAAAAAUGUUAUGUGCAUUUCCAAAAUGAAUGAAUGAAAGCUAGAUGGUGAUAAGAAAAAUGCCGUUUUACGUUUGAUUACUCUUUUUAUUAAGACCUGUUCUCUGAUCUGUAGAUGAGCUAUACAUUCCCCAAAUGUAUCUGCUUCAAUAAAAGCUGAAGGGUA